CCCGUAUCCCCCGCGCCCCGUCGUCCGACCAGCGAGGCGACGGAGCUGCCAGUCGACGACGUGACAGCGGAGAGGCAGCAUGGCGAAACCUCAUCUCAACAACGAUGUCUUCAUGUCAGAGUUGACUCUGAUGUUCCACAAUUCUCGCAAGGAAGGACAAGUCUCAGUUACGGUCAAAAGAGACGAUGGCAGAACGAGGCCGUACCCCAAGCCAAGAAAACUCAAGAACGGAAAGAUGUCGAAGGUGGAGCCUCUGCCUGAGCCUGAGGAAUACAGCUGUUUAUUGCGUGCCAAAACGAGAGACAAGAAGAUAAGCACGGUGGUAAUUACUCCUCCUGUAUCUGUUGAGUGUCAUACAUAUGUGUAUAUAGUUGUGUGUGUAUAUACUAUUCAUGCACACUCAAAGCCUCAUUUCCGCAUCAACAGCUUGUCCUUUUUGAGCUUCUAA